GAGAGAGAAUUCUCUAGCUUGUAAGAUCAGUACUAUGCCAACCGGACGUGUUUUGGUUUUAAAUGUCCGAUAAGCCGUGUUAUUUGGGAAGGUAGACAAACACAAACUGCAAGGAAAACAAGGACAGUAGUUAGGGGUGCAAAAUUGAUCUAUUUGUUCGCUCUGUAAUCUGAUUUUAUACAACGUGGGGGAAAGGCGAUUCUGGUUUGACACACGCAGAAGCUCAGGGCGGACUGGAAGCUUCUACAGGGAGAAAGAAUACAACAGCGGGGCGGGACAUGGAGGUUGACAGACAGCCUGAGGAGGCCUGCACCUUUGAUGAGGACAGCCUCGAGCUGGGGGACGUCAAGGACAUGAGACUGGAGGCGGAAGCAGUGGUCAACGACGUCCUGUUUGCCGUGUCUGAAAUGCACGUGUCACAGAACCUGGGCAGUGCUUCAGAUGUGGCGUACAUUAACGUGGAGACGAGAGAAGGGAACCGGUACUGCCUGGAGCUCACAGAGGCCGGAUUGAGGGUGGUGGGCUACGUUUUCGAUCAAGUGGAUGAAGAUCUGAGCACCCAGUACCACGAAACCGUGUACUCGCUUCUGGACACGCUCAGUCCGGGUUACAGAGAAGCAUUUGGGAACGCUUUGCUGCAGCGGCUGGAGAUGCUCAAGCAAAACGGACAAUAAAAGGAUCCAUGUGUUGCUCUGGAGUCGAAUGUUAGCCAACAAAUAGUCAAGUGUUAACCAACUACGAGAUAUCCAGCUGCUCAACCAUGACUAAAAUAUGGAAUUAACUGCCCUAUUUCUUUAUUCCAAGUUAAUAACAAUGAAUUCCUUCAUGGUAAUAACUUAGAAAUGGCUUCUGAUUGGCAACAUCAUGCUUUUAUAACUUAUUAUGGAAACAUUCCCCACUAAUCCAGAGUUGUAGCUUUGUAAUGACUGAUGUUUUUGCUUUGCUCCUUCUAAUAUUAGUAAUCCGGUUCCUGCAGUCUGAGCUCUUCUGCUCACUUUAAAACGGGGAUUUGUGGCUACAUGUUCCAGCAAACCAGUUUUUGAUCAUCAGGUGUCUCAGCAAGGAGCCACAGCUCUACCUACGCUUUUUAUGUGAAUACUGCCUUAAGACAUUUUAAUAUAUAAAAAAUAAUUACGGUUCAAUUAUUUUUACUUGGUGUUAUUUUGAGACCAAUUUGAAAGUUUUCAAUAAUUUUCUUCAAUUUAUUGCAUUUACUAGUUCUGCAGUGCAUUCCAUCUCAGUUUAGUGAAUCAGAAUGAAGUUUGUUCUUUUAGAAAAAAAAGCAUUUAAUUCUUUACAAAUGUUUUUUAAGUAUAAAUAUUUCAGUUUUAUUGAACAAAUUUCUUUUGUGCAUGGUCAUUUGUUUUGUGGACUACUUUAAAACUUGCUAGCUCAUACCCUCGUUACUGACCUCAAAAUAAAAUCUUAUGUAUAU